CGCGCGCUGAUGAGGUCACAUCCGCUCUCACGCGCUGACAGAAAAGGUCCGAGCGUGGCCCCACCCCACAGAUCAGGUGACCUGACCCGUUACCAUGGGGACAGCGGACGGCAGGAGCCCCGGAUCUUUAUUGGACGGUGCACCGGCUGAGGGGGCUCGGCCCGAGCGGAAGUGACCGGGGCGGGGGGAAUAUUUGGCGGUCGGUUUCCGCCAUAUGGAUGAAUGGACCCUGGGCCUGUCUUUGUAAGAAGAUAGAGCCAGUGCCGCCUACCCAGCCCCAGCAGAUGGAUGUGCAGGCUUCAGAGACAGGUAUAAUCUGGAGGAAUCCUGGGACCUGUAUGGAGCAAACGUGGAUGUGAUUGGAGAGUGGGGAGAUAGUGUUUUUUUUUUAUUUGGGAUUUACACAGUUCUGCCAUGGGGAACAGUGCCCUAAAAGCUCAUCUGGAAACCGCGCAGAAGACGGGGGUCUUCCAGCUCACAGGGAAAGGCCUGAAUGAGUUUCCCGUGGACCUACAGAGACUUGCAUCGAGUCUGAGGACAAUGGACCUGUCAGGGAAUAAGAUUGAGACCUUGCCCUCGGUCAUUGGCCACUUCACAACUUUGAAGAGUUUGAAUCUCAACAGUAAUAAAUUGGCUGUUCUCCCUGAGGAUGUGGGAAAACUGAAGAAACUGGAGGCCCUUCACCUGAACAGUAACUCACUGAGACAGCUCCCCUCCAGCUUCGGCCAGCUAGCAGCCCUAAAGACCCUGAAUCUAUCUGGGAACCAGCUUCGGGAGUUCCCACUGCAGCUGUGCCACCUCCGUCACCUGGAUGUGGUGGAUCUGUCCAAGAACCGAAUCCAGCGUCUGCCGGAUGAAGUGGAGCACCUGCAGGCCAUUGAACUCAAUGUCAACCAGAAUCAGAUCUCUCAGAUUUCAUCACACAUCGCCCGAUGUCCCCGGCUGAAAGUUUUACGGAUUGAAGAGAACUGUUUAGAAAUCUCUAUGAUUCCUGUCAGUAUCCUGGCUGACUCCCAGAUUGCCUUGCUGGCCGUGGAAGGGAAUCUUUUUGAAAUUAAGAACCUGCGAGAUCUGGAGGGCUAUGAUAAGUACAUGGAUCGCUUCACAGCAACAAAGAAGAAAUUCUCUUGAAGGUCUGAGCUUCCUCCCUCAACCAUAGAUGGUGGUAGUAGUAACCUGCAAUAGACUAUAGUGGGGACGCAACUCCAAUUCAUUGAAGGAGACAGUGGAAAGGGGCAGUACAUGAUAUGAUGCCAUGGUCCUCAGCCUUGCCUACAUUCCAGUUAUUGGUGUUAGUAAAACCGAUACUGUCUUUAAUCUGUAUAAUGCAUUGUACUCUGUCUUCAAGCUGCUGUAAACAUGGACACACAGCCCUGGACAGUCCUGAUUUAUCCACUACAGACGCACUUUGUACAACAGCACUUUGUAUGUAACUUCUGAAUUUGGGAGAGGUGCUGAAAUUAGGUUUAUGCAUGGGGAUGGUUUCAGUUACCUCAAGCUCACCCUCUGCUUUGAAGUGGUGACUUGCUGGUAUAUAGAGGCUGCUGUUGGGAUCAGAUCUGGCACUUCUGCUGCUUAAGCUCAGCAUUUAAUUCAAGGUGACAGUGCAGCCAGCUAGUCGUGGAAUUUAGACUCCAAUCCAACCCAUCAUUUCAAACAGCACUUUGUAUAUAAAAAAAAAUAAAGUAUUCUAUGUGCAAGUA